GAAGAUGGACACGUGACAGUCCCAGGGACCGCUGCACGGACUUCGUUUCCUUAGACAAGACACAGUGUAGGGCCCGGCCCAUGUUGGGCCCAGGACUCCUUUGGAAUACAGUGUGGACAAUGAAUCCCGUGGGCGAUGGGGGCACAUCAGAGAGCAUUUUUGACCUGGACUAUGCAUCCUGGGGGAUCCGCUCCACGCUGAUGGUCGCUGGCUUUGUCUUCUACCUGGGCGUCUUCGUGGUCUGCCACCAGCUGUCCUCCUCCAUGAAUGCCACGUACCGUUCUCUGGUGGCCAGAGAGAAGGUCUUCUGGGACCUGGCGGCCACGCGUGCAGUCUUUGGUGUUCAGAGCACAACCGCGGGCCUGUGGGCUCUGCUGGGGGACCCUGUGCUUCACGCUGACAGGGCACGUGGCCAGCAGAACUGGUGCUGGUUUCACAUCACAACAGCAACGGGAUUCUUUUUCUUUGAAAAUGUCGCCGUCCACCUGUCCAACGUGGCCUUCCGGACAUUUGACUUAUUUCUGGUUGUCCACCAUCUCUUUGCCUUUCUUGGGUUUCUUGGCUGCUUGGUCAAUCUCCGAGCUGGCCACUAUCUAGCUAUGACCACAUUGCUCCUGGAGAUGAGCACGCCCUUUACCUGCAUUUCCUGGAUGCUCUUAAAGGCGGGCUGGUCCGAGUCUCUGUUCUGGAAGCUCAACCAGUGGCUGAUGAUCCACAUGUUUCACUGCCGCAUGGUCCUGACCUACCACAUGUGGUGGGUGUGUUUCUGGCACUGGGAUGGCCUGGUCAGCAGCCUGUAUCUGCCUCAUUUGGCACUCUUCCUUGUCGGACUGGCGCUGCUCACACUGAUCAUCAAUCCAUACUGGACCCACAAGAAGACUCAGCAGCUUCUCAGUCCGGUGGACUGGAACUUCGCACAGCCAGAGGCCAAGAGCAGGCCAGAAGGCAACGGGCAGCUGCUGCAGAAGAAGAGGCCCUAGCUGCUCCGGCCGGGGCUCCUGGGCACCAGCGGAUCCGGUACGCCGAUCCUGGGAAGCUCCGUGAAUAAUGGCUUUUGAAUUAAUGCGGCAGCGAAUGUUUUGUGUUUAGUUCUGAGGGCAAUACUAACUUUAUUUCUCAUUAGUAUUAAUUUUGAAGUAGCUACAAAGUAUUUUUAAGAAAUUAUAAUUUUGUGAAUGUCC